AUGCGCAAAUGGUGGCCCAGUGCCGAGCAUUAUUUUCAGGCCGGGAAGUUCUCUGAUCCGGAACUGCAGGAACAGGUUCGCCGAGCCCCGGAGCCAGGCAAUGUGCUUCUCAGCAUUGUAGAUGGUGCCCAUAUCCUGUACGGGAACACGGUGGACAGUUUUUUCGGCACCGGGCCCGAUGGUAAUGGCUUGAAUGUGAUGGGCACAGAACUCGAGAGAUUGCGAGAGUUCUUCCAACGAUACAGCCAACGGCUCGAAGUGCCAGUCACUGUUGCCGAAGUUGGUGACCCUUUCGAACCUCAGUCGACAUACGUAGACUUGACGGGGGCACGCCCUGACGAGGUGCCGGAAUUGUUAGCAGAAGUCUUGGGCGUUCACCAGGCAAGCAUUACCGAUGUGGCUUUCCUCUACGACGAUGGCUUCGAGCGCAUGGACCUCUCGGACAUGGAGUCUGCUGAGAGCUUGCAAGCUUUCUUGGUAAGCAACACCCGGGACUGCAAGAUGGAAGCACGGUUCUCGGAGAUGGCGGUCGUGACGCUUUGGAAUGCCACGGAUGACGGCUACUUGGGACGUGCCGAGGUGGGGACAUUGAUCCGGACGGCACCGGAAGUGAAGCAUCGUUUGGAGAGCUUGCUGCCGAUUUUACAGCAUUCAAGCUUUCACCCCGAUUUCAGCUACAGUUUAGAUGGGGCUGCCGCAAAGUUAGACGAAGCAUCCAUGGCCAAGAUAUGCCAGGCAGCAAGAGAUGGGGUUGACGUGUUGAUCAAUGGCCACUACGAGGUCCCGGACCUUUCAUUGGCUCGUGCCGUGCCUGCAGCAGAUCCUCCGACCGUUUGCGUUGGGGUGCACACGGAUCUUUCGACUGCUGAGCUGCGGGACAAAAUCCAAGGCCUUUUGUGGGGGUGUGCUUUGGGAGACGCCGUGGGCUUGAGCACCGAGUUCAUGGACAAAGCAGAGGCAGCAAGAUCUUACCCGGCACAGCUGAGUCCGGCCUCCCGGGUUGAGGACAGGCAUCGGAAGCGCUGGGUCCAGGGCGAUUGGACAGAUGAUACCGACCAGAUGGUCAUACUUUUAGAUGCCAUUGUGGCUGGCAGCGGCGUCUUGCAGGAGGCUACCUUUGCAAAAGGCCUCAAAGCUUGGUUGCGCUCCGGCUUCCCGGAGUUAGGGGAUUCCUCGGGCCUGGGGAUCGGGCAGACGGUGAAGUCUGUCUUGGAGAACGCGGCUUUCGAUGUCGCCCCGAGUGUAGCUGCUGACGUGGUUUGGCGUGAGACUGGUUGCAGCCUUGCAGCCAACGGCGCCAUAAUGAGGUGCGCAGCUGCCGCCUUGGGGUGUUUCUGGGAUGAGGCGGUCGUUCGUCACAAUGCGGUUGUUUCGGCAGCAGUCACGCAUGCCGACCCAAGGUGUUUGACCAGCUGCGUCUGCAUCGCGUUAAUCUUGGCCCGACUUCUCGCAGGACACAGCACUGCAACGCUUGAGCAACGCAGACAGCUGGUAUUGUCAGUGGCGCUGCAAGCAAGCGAGCAUUUAGAUGGAGGAGACGUCGACGAGCUCUUGCGCUAUGUGGAUGUUGCUGUCGAUGGACUCAGUGCGCUUGAGCUAGGUUCUGGUGGCAUCGGCUACACUUACAAGCCCCUGGGAGCAGCGGCAUGGUCUUUCCUACAUAUGGACGAUUUCAAGACUGCCAUCCAAGCGGUUUCCAUGGAGGCAGGGGAUGCAGAUUCCAAUGCUGCUGUGGCGGGUGCGCUGCUCGGAGCCCGAUUGGGCUACCAAAACCUGCCAGGAGACUGGCUGAAGGAGCUCCCAGCUGUGCAGGUGUCAUGGUUUAGUCAGAAGAUCGAUGCUUGCCUAGUGAUGCUCGGCUUGGAUUGUCCAUACGUGGCUAAGAAUUUCAACGAGCGUCGCGAUCUGGAAGUCCAGGUCGAGACGCGGUUGAUGGACACGCUGAAAGAAGUGGAGCAGAAGGGGAUCUCCAACACUGAGGACCGGCUGCGCAUCAACCAUGCGAUGCUCCGCCUGGACUUCCUGCGACGGCUUGACGCGUUAAAGCAGUGGCGGGAAGAGGUCACCCAUCAGACCCAGGACAUGGCCAAGCUGGCCGCCGCAGGCGCAGUGCUGACUGCCCCCGAAGCGGCGCAUGCCCGGCUUCCGGAGGAGUUCGUGAUCUUUGCGCCCAUCGUGGACGUGCUGCCGAUCCUGCCCGUGUUCUUCUUCCUGCUGGCCUUCCUGUGGCAGGAGGUGCUGCUACGCAUCUCCACCGGUGGGUUGCGCGACUUCCUGCUGCCCGCCGGGCAACUGGAGGAGCCCCUCGGUGCGCUCAGGGAAAAGCUCAGGGAGAAUGCCGUGGCGGAGCUUCCAGGCCAGGGCUUAAACUGCAUCGAGAAGUUCGGCCUGCCCGGGAAGCUUCCGGUUUGCAUCGCCGGAAAGGAUCUCGAGGCGACGGCGAAGCUCUGCGAGAACCUGGACCUGCAGCCGGCACUUCUUCAGGGCGACGUCGGCGCGAAGCUGUUUGAUCCUUUUUCGGAUGACGGCAAAGAUGGCUAUCUCUUACCACAGAUGAUGUCGAUCGUGGAAGACCACGGGAAGAAGGUGCCAUACCUGAAGCCCAGGACGCGGCUCAGCGAGAAGGACUACGCAAAGCUGAGUUUGCCCGGGCCAACCAGGCGUAGCAACAUCCCUGCAGAGAUGGGCUUCUCAGCGCAGGAGCCUGCCAAAGCAGCCUCUCCCCUUAUCGACGACGAAGCCGCGCUUGAGUUCAAGACCGAGAAGAUCGCUCAGCUGGGCCCGGAGUUCGAGCACGUACUUCAGCAGGAGCUGGUGGCAAGCUGUGCCUCCGUCAUGCAAGAGUUUCCCAGCGGAAGCAUCCCCGCAGACCGUCGGGCCGAGGCGACGAAGGAGAAGCCGGGAACCCUGCGCGCCAAAGCGGUGCGCAUCCGUGGGAGCACGGAGUCCGCGUAUCCCUUCGUCAAGGCCCUGACCCAGGAGGCGGGGCCCGGGUCUCUGGGCCAAGUUCCCCCGGCGGCGCUGAAAGAUGAGCGGCUACAAGUGAUGGAUCCUGAUGGAAUCCAGGAAUAA